AUGGCACCCUACGUCGCACUUGCCUUGUCGCUCGUAGUCGGAUCUUUUGCUGUCGCAUCCUCACAACUGCGCCACCACACCACAACUUUCACAUCAAAGGGAAACCCAAUUCUGGCCGACGGAUCUAUCUACUCAGCGGACCCUGCACCGCUUGUAAUCAAUGAAACCGUCUACAUUCUAUUUGGUCGGGACAAGGCGGGAGCUACUGAAAAUAACUUCAUCAUGAAUGAAUGGCAGAUUUUCGAGGCCCAAAGCCCGGAUCCCAGUGGAGGUAGUUGGACACUUCAUCGAGAUGUAGCACGGCCUCAUAAGUUAUUCUCUUGGGCAAAAACGGGUACAGCUUACGCAGGUCAAAUCGUCCAGGGUGCGAACGGAAAAUUCUACUUGUAUGCUCCCGUCACUCAGGCCAACAGCACGACUUCGGAUCCUUUUGCCAUCGGGGUAGCAGUUUCAAGCAAUGUACUUGGGCCCUUUACUGAUGCUCAUUCUUCCGGUCCGAUCAUAUCACAAAGCGUGCCACUCCCAGGUGAUACCAUCCAGAACAUUGAUCCAACAGUUUUGGUCGAUACCGAUGGCCGGGUGUUUAUUUAUUUCGGAACAUUUGGCCAGCUCAGGGGCUAUGAGUUAGCGUCAGACAUGGUUACAAUCCAAGGCUCGGUCACCACGGUCACCUCUCUCACGGGUUAUUUCGAGGCUCCGUGGCUCAUGAGACGAGGUACUACGUACUACUUGUUGUAUGCGGCCAACAACGCUGGAGCAAGCUCGCCAUGUACCCCGACCAGUUAUCACGCCUGUAUAGCAUAUGGGACCGCAUCAAGCCCCUUAGGUCCGUGGACCUUCCGCGGCAUCGUUCUUGAUAUAGUCUCAUCUACGACCUCACACCCUGGUGUAUACCAGCUCUGCGGUGAAUGGUUCAUCACAUACCAUACGCGCGAUGCCGUAGGUGGUACUCAUUUCCGGCGCAGCAUUGCCUUCGAUAAGCUCCAAUGGGAUGAUACAACCUCUCCACCUUCAAUUCUGAAGGUGAAGCAAACUCAUCGUCCGGCACCGGCUCACACGCCAACUCGUAAUAUCGCUCCACGUGCCAUGCCAUCGUCUACCAAUACCACCCCAAUCCAGUAUUGGAUCAAGGCUAUCAACGAUGGGCGUGUUGAAGCGAAUCCACUGCCACCUGACUAUUGGUGUUCUUACGCCGCAGAGGAAUCGCCGCAGACAAGUACGUUAACGUAUAAAUGGAACACAACGGUGCAGUUGAAUGGUGCAACCAUGGCGUUAUUUGCAGAUCAACCCGCGGGAUCUAACAUCGGGGUACCACCGCCAGCGUCAUGGAAGAUGGAGUAUCUCACAUCUGUGGGGUUAUGGACAGCGGUUUCGGUGACGAGUUCUGGAGGUUAUCCAGUUACUGUCACUGAUUCCCCGAAAGAAGUCUGCUUUCAGACGGUAUCGACUACUUCGUUGAGGGCAGUACUGACGGCUUCGGGCUCGGGUGGUCAGUACGGGGGAGUAGGUGUCAAGGAGUGGGCAGCGCUUGCGCCAACUCCUCAAUGA